AUGCACAAGAACCUCCAGAUGGCCCAGCUAGGUUUGGAAGUUUUUGACAUAUCAUCUUUGCAAAUUUUUACUCCUCAAGAACUGGACUACCUGCUUUGUGGUUGUAGGGAGAUGUGGAAGGCUGAUACACUAGUUGACCAUAUAAAGUUUGAUCAUAGAUACACUGCCAAGAGCCCUGCCAUAGUCAAUCUUUCGUUAAUUGCAGCCAAUGCUUCGUCUAAUGGGAAUGGGCCUUCAGAAUCAGCAGUUGAUGACUUGCCAAGUGUGAUGACAUGUGCUAAUUACCUGAAGCUUCCUCCUUAUGCUACCAAGGAAAUUAUGUCCAACAAGCUACUCUAUGCAAUCAAUGAGGGGCAUGGAUCCUUUGAUUUAUCAUGA